AAGACCGAAGAGACGGGGCACUAACCGACAGCAAGUAACAUCCGUAGGGUGAAGGCGGGAGAACCAUCGGUUCCCCAUCCCUUGCCCCCUCUCGCUCCUCAUCUCUCCACUCCACAUAAUCCUCGAGAGCAAUGCAACUGUUGGUAAGCAACCCGGUCAGCGGCGGCAGCGGCUGCGCGUUUGUGCCAGUUGCAGCCGCACUGCGGCCACCGUCGGCCACGCUCUCCUGGGGCUGGGGAAGGGCGGGCUGCAGGCGGAGGAAGCUCAAUUUAGCGCGCGCAAGUACCGAUGGUUCGGGGUCCGGCGCUGCGGCGGCCGAGGCAUCCACCGUGGGAGACAACAUGGAAGGGGAGGAAAGCGGCGGUGGGGAGGGAUUUGCUUCGGCUGACUCAUCUGCAGGGAAGCAACCGCCUCCCGUCAAUCCCAAGAUCGAAAAGGAGCUCAAGAAGGCAGUUCAGAAGACUGCGGCAACCUUUGCACCGAGGGCGUCCACGAAAACAAAGAACCCUGCUGUCCCUGGAAGUGCCCUGUACACUGUUUUUGAAGUCCAGGGAUAUGUCUCCAUGCUUUUGGGAGGAGCCCUUUCCUUUAAUCUCGUGUUCCCAUCAAAUGAACCUGACAUCUGGAGGUUGAUGGGAAUGUGGUCCAUUUGGAUGUUCACUAUACCUUCACUUCGGGCCCGUGACUGCUCAAACAAGGAGAAAGAGGCUCUCAACUACUUAUUUCUCCUGAUUCCCCUGAUCAAUGUUAUAAUUCCAUUCUUCGUGAAAUCCUUCGCUGUUGUCUGGUCCGCAGAUACAGUUGCUUUCUUUGUGAUGUAUGCAUGGAAGCUUGGAUGGCUGCAAAGUUCGGAGUAAAACAUUUUCAGUGUGCUUUCUUGGUGAUGUAUGCAUGGAAGCUUGAAUGACUGGCUGCAAUGGGCGGAGUGAAGAGCUUUUGUGCUUGAAGAAACAUUGGUCCUCAAUUUUUUGGUCUUUUGGGGGGGACUGUUUGAUUAGUUUGUUUCAAUAUCUAGUGCAUAUAGCCUUUUAUAUCUUGUGUGUAUGCAGGGGCCAGGGGGGCAUGGAAAAACAUGCUUUGACCAUUUAAGUGAUAAAUAGAUGUAUCUGUAGUCUUAAAAUUUUGUUUGACUAAACUAGGCAGUCUAGAUGGGUUUCAAUUUCCCAACAGAUGUUCUCCUGGAUAAUAGCUGAGGUUGUUCUGAAGAAAAAGGAAGUACCAAAUGAAGUCAGAUGAAGCAACAAGCGUAACUUCAACACAUUUGUAUAGUUCAAGUCAGAUCUGAGACUUUUGGACCCAUAUUACCACGAAAGAAUAUAAUGUUGCCCAUGGCUUCUGUUCUAACA